AUGAAUUUGCAUGAUAUCAACCUGUGGUACACAUACGACAUGAUACAGCAGAGGAUCCGCUCUAUCAAAGAGACUGCUAAGUUUGACAGUGAGUUUACAUCAGCCAGCAACUACAGUAACUAAUUUAGCUAGCUAGACCAGGGUAGGGGUCUCCAAUAGGUCAAUCAAAAAUACAUGCAAUUUUUACGUGUUCAACCGCAAAACUGUCAUAAACAAGUCUCACAAGUAUCAGACACCGCAAGCUCCCAGCUAUUAUCUAAUCAACGCAACAUUGACAUUAUCCCACCCCUGGUUAGCCACUUUUGGCUUAAAAAGCCUAACACAAUAUCUGCCAAUUAAUUUCCAGCAAUAUUGCCACUGUGUGGUGCGCGCAUUUGUCCAUCACUCCAUGUGUAGCCAGUUGAUGUGGCAACCAUCUUGUGGGUUGAAAUAAAUACUUACCCCAAAACCUUCUAAAUUAAAUGUUAACUGCAAAGUAGGCUUAUCUGGCAGAAGUAUAUCAUGAGUAAGUAUAUAAUUGGUAUCUAUUAUUUGUAAACUUUGCCAUGAAAGGGUGCAGCAGUACAGAACCAUCGCUAGGCCAGCACAUUAGAUGUCACAUUCUUUUUUUCUCUUUUAUGAUAUCAUGGCGGUCCACAAAUAAACGUUUAAAGUGCAUGCCACCACCUAAGAUUAUGAACCCUGCCAAGAUAGCCUAAAUAGGAGGCCUAUUGUGUGUUGUUUUCUUUGCCUGUGUUUUAUAAAUAUGACCUGUGUGUGCCUGGGUGCAGAGUAUAGCUAUGACUGGAACACCAGUGUGAUAGAACAGGAAAUGAAGUUUCAACACUGGACAGCUGAUGACCUGCUCAACCAGAGACGUCAGUUUGAGAUUUUUGACACCAACAAUGACCGCACGCUGUACUUUGACGAGUUGUGAGAGAACACAGUAAAUUCAGAUGUGACUUUUCCUGAUGUCAUGAUGUGGCUACUCAGUGAUUUUUAACUGAAGAGGCUGUAGGUGGCAGCACACAAAUUCCAUAACACGAUAAUGAGGUAGUCUUAUCAUGAGUCUCUCUGUCCUGGUUUCGAAACAUCUCACAUGAGUAAAAGUGGGUGCUACUAUCGCAGACUUACUUCCAUUCCUCUCCUCUACCUCCUAACAGUUCCUCAUCUCUGAACAUGGUCAACUAUGAAGGCCAGAAAGGCGAUAAUUAACAAUGCACAAAGCCAACUACAAUUGCAUAAAUUUGAGGAGUAUCUUCUUCUUCUUUGGUAUUAUGGCGGUCUGCAAACAAAUGUUAUAGGUGCAUGCCGUCACCUACUGUGUUGGCUGUGUAUCAGCCUACUAUUCUGUAGUAUGAAUUCAUUACACUUUGUGAAAAAUUCUCCCUACCAACUAACCCUACACCCAUAAAAACCUCAUCACUAUUCCACUACUUUGGCCCUAUCUGAUCCUACACCACCAGGCUGGCAGCCUGGGAGGACGGGACACUAUAGUUCAAAACACCUUGUAACUUCUGCAGUAAAAUCUCGUACACCCAAGUACUUCUCUGCAGCUGCCACCACAAUGUCUAUCCUUUGUGAUUUACAUUCCAUUCCUGCUAUACAGUUGUCAUGAAUCCCAAAACACCAACCUUACUGAAGCAUGUUAUUACUAUCACUCUCUAUUGACCUCGGCCUUGAGGAGUUCCCCCAGGUAGAGCACACACAUAAUUACAUUAUUUAACCUGUUUUGGACAUAUUAUAAGAAGCAGUGAUGUGAAGCUUCUGCAUCUACUUACAACCAACACCUUGUUCGUUUUUAUUGCAGAACAGAGGAUGUGUCCCUGUAUAUUUUGUGUCUAGGUCUAUAUUGUGAUUAUAUUGGUCUGUAUUGUGACUGUGUUGUCUCCCCUCCUACAGCUGUUGUAUGACCUUAAGCAGGGCGCAACUGCCUCUCGAGAGCGAGGACAACAAGGACACGGCCACCGGUGGCAUCUGUGAGGUGGCACGCAUGGACACCUUACAGCAGAUGUGCUAUGGUGUCUUCUAA